AUGCCGCCCAUCCAGAGAACGAUGUCCAAUCUUCGUACCCGGGCAGAGGGGCAUGAAAAGACAGAGGACACAUUAGAAAAGACGUCCUUAGCUGACCAAGAAGAUGCUCGUUUGAUAUACCUCAAUCAGCUGCAGUUCACCAAGUUCUGCAGCAAUCGGGUCAGCACAGCCAAAUAUACUGUCCUCACCUUCCUCCUCAGGUUCCUCUACUCACAGUUCAGGAGGGCGGCCAAUGCCUUCUUUCUCUUCAUUGCACUCUUGCAGCAAAUCCUAGGUGUGUCUCCCACUGAUCACUGGACCACACUGGUGCUGCUGCCCUUCAUCCUGAUGGUGGCUGCUGUCAAAGAGAUCACUGAAGAUCUGAAACGACAUGCUGACAGUGUUGUCAACAAAAAGGAAUGCCAAGUACUGAGAAAUGGUGCCUGGGAGAUGGUGCACUGGGAGUAGAUUGAAGUUGGCGAUGUUAUUAAAGGAAAUGGCAGUGAUUUCGUUCCUGCGGAUGCUGUCAUUUUAUUGUCCAGUGAACCACAGGGUAUGUGUUACAUUGAAACAUGGAAUUUGGACGGAGAAACCAACCUUAAAAUAAAACAGGGUCUCCAAGUGAGCACAGACUUAAAGGACAUCGACAGCCUGAUGCCUGAGUGCAAGAGCCCAAACCGCCACCUCUAUGAGUUUGUUGGAAACAUCCAUCUGGAUGGGCAGAGCACCAUACCACUGGGUCUGGACCAGAUCUUAUUGAGAGGAGCUCAGCUGAGGAACACCCAGUGGGUGCAUGUUGUGGUGGUCUACAAAGGACAUGACACUAAACUCAUGCAGAAUUCCUCCCUUCCUCUGAAGCUGUCCAACGUGGAGCGCAUCACCAACGUUCAGAUUCUUGUUCUGUUUGGCCGCCUGCUGGCCAUCUCUCUGGUCUGCUCCAUUGGCCAAACCAUCUGGAAGCACCAGUAUGGCCACAAUGCCUGGUACAUGGAUCUCAACUAUGGCGGGGUGGCAAACUUUGGCCUCAACUUCCUCACCGUCAUCAUUCUCUUCAACAACCUGAUCCCCAUCAGUCUACUGGUCACCCUGGAAGUUAUCAAGUUCAUCUAAGCCUUUUUCAUCAACUGGGACACUGAUAUGCUUUAUGAGCUGACAAACACCCCUGCCAUGGCACGGACAUCCAAUCUGAACGAAGAAUUAGGCCAGGUGAAAUACCUUUUCUCUGACAAGGCUGGGACCCUAACCUGCAACGUGAUGCAAUCCAAGAAGUGCACCAUAGCUGGCGUGACUUAUGGGCAUGCACGGUCAUCAGACAAAGUGGGAUUCAAUGACCCCAGCUUACUGGAAAACCUCCAAAGUAAUCAUCCUACAGCUUACAAAUGGCUAACAAUGAGCAGCAUUGCACACAAUCAGGAAGAGGAAGAAAAGACAAUGAGGAUGGUGCCUUUCACAUCCACAUAA